AUGUCGGACAAGAAGCGACGAGGGCAGCGGCAGGAUGCAAGAAACGAGGGAGUGAAGGCCAUUGGAUUCCAGGUCCGAUCGGCCACAAGCGCAGCUGGCACAGGUUCCACCAACCACUUGCUACAGUACUCGACGCGCUCGUGCUGGAGGAGCUACGUGAGCCCCAAGGAAACGCUAGUAUUGGCGCUAGAGACAAAGACGCUGUUGUCGGAAAUUCGGAUACUGAAUAAGAAUGCGUGUGUCGUGAGCGUGAGUGUAGCGGUGGAGAACCGACCAAGAUCUUAUAUUCAUGUAAAGCGAAUGGAAAACUUACCGCACAGUCGGGAGGUGAGGAUGAUGUUGCCAUUCUUUCCCUGCAAUUUCGUCAGACUUGAGUUUGAACGGGAAGCGCUGCCUUCAAUCGCCGUUUACGCAAUUCAGCCCCUGGGGGUUCCCAGCGAUGACAUUGAGGCCGAGUGCGGAUCUUCUCUCUGCACUGUGCUAAGUCAUACAACCGAGAAUCUUUUAUUCGGGUCCUCUUUACGCGCUAGCCAACCUUGCAUGGACUGCCUAAGUGACCAUCUAUCCGGCUCUCCCGAGUGGAUGGCAAAGCAACGUGGAUAUCUAUUGGACGAAAGAAUCGCGCGUUUAGAAGCUGCAUUGUUCAACUGA